AUGUUGCGCGCAUUCCUCACCUCAACGCGUCCCCUCUUGUCGCGCAUUCGACCAGCAUCACUACCCCACUCGCACCUUCACCACGCCCAUCAUGCGCUGCCAUCAGCAAACGUCGUUCUUUCGAGGGGAAUGAAGGUCCGCGCUUCGGUCAAGACCAUGUGCGACGGAUGCAGCGUGGUCAAACGGAAGGGGCGUGUAUACAUCAUCUGCUCCAAGAACCCCAAGCACAAGCAGGUGCGUUAUCUGUGCUUUCACGUCCUUACGCGGUAG